ACUCUGUCGCCCAAAACCUAAAACCCCAGACCUUUGCUGUGAUCCAAUUCCACCCCCGAAAAUGGCAGCCCUCGCCUCCCUUCUCCGCCGCCGCCGCCCCGACGUCCUCCUCCGCACGCUCUGCGCCACCACCACUGCGCCCCCGCUCACAUCCUCGGCCGCCAAGACCCGCCUCCGUCGCGAGUACGACGCCGACCGCGCCGUCUCCCUCCUCGAGGCCAUCGACACCGCCUCCCUCUCCGCCGGCUCUACGCGCCAUGCGCUCUCCCUUGCCGCACGCCGCCUCACGCGCGCCGGACGGCUUGCUGAUGCCGAGGCGCUCCUCUCCUCCCACAUCCCAGCUUCCCCAACAGAGCCGCACCUCUCGGCCAUCCUCUGCUCAUACGCCUCCGCCGGCCUCCCCGAGAAGGCCCUCGAAGCCUUCCGCUCCGCCGUGCCGUCCCUCCCGUCCCCCAUCUCCUCAAUGCCCUUCAACGCCCUCCUAUCGGCCUUCGUCCGGUGCCGCCGCCACCGCCGCGUCCCUGUCCUCUUCGAGGAGCUCUCCAAGGAGUUCUCCAUCACCCCCAACGCCACCUCCUACGCCAUACUGGUGAAGGCUCACUGUAUGGUCCGCCAUGACGCCAAGGCGCACGAAGUGAUAGCUCGGAUGCGUGAGGAAGGUAUCUCGCCGACCACCACCAUCUACACCACAAUGAUCGAUUCCAUGUAUAAGCAGAAGAAGAUAGAGGAGGCCCAGACUUUAUGGAAGCAGAUGCUGGAGAGCGGAUGCAAGCCGGACCAUGCAACAUAUAAUGUGAAGGCCAUGCACCACGGACUCAGUGGCAAGCCGGAAGGUGUUCUCGAGGUUAUGGCGGAAAUGGAGGCCGAUGGAGUAAAGCCAGACACCAUCACCUACAAUUUCCUCAUGACUGGCUAUUGCAAAGUUGGGAAGAUGGAGGAUGCCAAAGCGCUGUACCAUUCGCUAGGUGACAAAGGGUGCUCGGCAAAUGCAGCCACAUAUAAGCACAUGCUGGCUGAGCUGUUUGCUCAUGGCGAUUUUGAUGCCGCCUUGGAGGUUUUCAGGGAAAGCAUGAGCAAGCACAAGGUGCCAGACUUUAAGACAAUGAAAGGAUUUGUUGAAGGAUUAGCAAAGGGAGGCAAGGUGGCUGAGGCGAAGGAGAUUAUUUACGUGGUGAAGAAGAAGUUCCCUGAUAAUAUGCUGUCUGGGUGGAAGAAGCUGGAAAAGGAACUUGGGUUCGGCUCAGAUAACGGAGAUACAACCCUUCACGCAGAAUGUACAGCUGAAGAACCAGUAUCUGAGGCUGAGCCUGCUACCACUGAGCCACUUGAACUCAAAGAUUCUGCUGCUGAGGAAACGGGUGUGUCAGAAGAAUCUGAUGAUGAUGAAACGCCUUCACCUGAGACAUCCACUGAUGAGGAAGUGCCGCGGGGUCCUGCUUAAUUGAAGAAUACUGUGUUUCAGUUUGGUUAGAAUGUUUGAAUUGAGCGCAUUCUUAGCAUUGAAGAAUCGUUAAUGCUGCUUUGGGGAGAGGUAAGCACUAGGCCAUUCUGGAUAAGGACUCUUGGUUGCUAACGUGAAUAAGUUGUAGGAUUAUGUCACUUCGGAAUUAAGAGUUGGCUGUUACUGUGAGCAGUGUGCACGAUGUUAGGAGAUAUUGUUCUGGUGAUACUUGUCUUUAAUUAAAAUCAUUGGGCAUUGCCAUUUUUGUUGUUA